AUGGAUAUUUCCACUACAGAUGAUGAUUGUAUUUCGUAUUACGCAACACCUCCAUCAUCUCCAAUGUCACGACCUUUUGACGAUUUGGAUGAUUUAGUCAAUCCAAUGAUACUUAAUCACAAUAAUAACGAUCUCGAUACGAUGUUAGCAUCAAUGUCAACAAUUAGCAAUAACGGGAUAUUUAGAAAUAAUAGUAGUGUGAUGAGUGGAACGAAUGUAUUGAAUAAUAAUGAUGAUGCUUUUGAUUUUUUCCAACAUAAUUCUUCUUCUCAUUAUCCUUCUUCUUUGAGGAAAAAUAAUAUAACCGACUCUGCUACCAUUACAGCCAAUGACCUCAUUCAAUUCGAAGAAAAAAAGAGAAUUGAGAAAAUUGGUGGUACUUUAAAUCUUAACGAAAUCAAUAAAAUGAAAAAUUCUCCUCCACCUAUUUCCCAAUUACAACUACAACCAAGAAAACAAUAUCCCAGAAUUGCCAAAAAUUUAAUAAAAAUUGAUAUUACUCAUAUAACAUUCGAAUAUAUUAAUGGAAAACCUCUUGUUAAUCUUCCCGCUCAACAUUCUGGAGAUUUAGCUUUCUUAAAUAAAACUUAUAAUGAUAACAAUACCUUUAAUGACAUCGGAGAUAUUUCAAUCUGUUUUAAUAACAUGUCAAAUGAAGCUUUAAUUCCGAUUGAUCAAUUGUGCGGAUUUAAGAUCGGAAAUGACGGAAAGAUAUUUUUAAGACUUAAACCGGAUUUUGAAGUGAUACAUCAUCUUCAUCUUGGUGGAUAUCCAUAUUUAUUAGAUCCUACAAUAUUGGAUAAUGAUCCAACAAGUGAUGGAAAAUUUAAUCAAUUAAUUUCUGUAAUUUUAAUCCCUUAUAAUCCUACACGAGAUUUUUCAAAAUUAUCUGAUAUUGAAUCAAAAAUUGAAAGAGUAUGGUUUCGUACGCAAGGGAUUCGAAAUGAAUUACAAAAAGAAGGACAAAAGAUGUACCUUACAUGUGUAUUUCCAACCGAAAGAAGAGCCAUGGCAAUUCCUACUGAUUCACCAUUUCAUAGAUUAUGUUUAGACCUUGAAUCAAGAUUUGAACUUGAUUCAAAUAACUUAAAUUUAAGAUUUAGAAAUAAGAAUGGUGAAUUAAUUGGAUUAAUGGAUGAAAAUAGUUGGAAAUUGGCAAGAAGUGAAGCAACCGGAAAAUCUUUAAUUAGAUUAGAAAUUCAUAUUUGGUAA